UUUUUUUAAGGUUUCCUUCUUAGCUACCUCUCUUUCUUCCCAAUUUGGAAGACAUAAACGUAUUUACCAUGACUAAAUCAGCACAGCUCUAUCUUUAGCCUUUCUCUUUCUCCAUGAAGGAAAAGAAUCUUUCCUUUCCAGGAAAAUCACCGAGAAAAUGACCAUGCUGUUGCUGAUGGAGUCUCCCUAUAAGUAGAGGAUUCAAGAGAAAAGCUAGGCACUCCCCUUCAUCAUUCACCUCUUACAAAAUGCCUUUGGUUGCGCUCUUGCUCGCCUCUCUCUGUGCUCUCACCAGGGGUGAAAUUUCAAACAAGAUGGGCAUCAACUAUGGGCGGGUAGGGAACAACUUACCGCCCCCCUCCCGAUCCAUCGAGCACAUCCAAUCGAUGAGAGCUGGGCGCGUCAAGCUGUACGACGCCAACCCGGAGAUCCUGAAGCUGUUGUCCGGAACCGAGGUCCGAGUCUCCAUCAUGGUCCAGAACCAUGAGAUCCCAGGCAUCGCGUCGAGCCAGGCCCUAGCCAACGAAUGGGUGAGAAGCAACGUCCUCCCGUACUAUCCGGCGACGAUGAUCCGGUUCGUCCUGGUCGGCAACGAGGUCUUGAGCUACAACAGCACCGAUCGUGACCGCCAAUUGUGGCAUGACCUUGUCCCUGCGAUGCUCAGGAUCAGGAAUUCGCUUCGGUCGAACAGCAUCCGCAACAUCAAAGUGGGGACCCCGCUGGCGAUGGACGUGGUUGAAUCCACAUUCCCUCCCUCGAGCGGGAGGUUCCAUUCGGAUGUCGCUGAAUCCGUGAUGCUGCCACUGGUCCGCUUCUUGAACAGCACCAGGUCUUACUUCUUCCUCGAUGUGUAUCCCUACUUCCCAUGGUCGCAGAACCCGGGCGACAUCUCCCUGGACUUUGCGCUGUUCCGCGGAAAUUCCAACUACACUGAUCCAGUGACUGGGUUGACAUAUACUAAUCUCCUGGACCAGAUGCUCGACUCUCUAAUAUUCGCGAUGGAGAGGCUUGGCUACUCGAACAUCCCACUUCUGAUUGCCGAGACCGGAUGGCCAAACUCUGGCGACAUUGACGAGCCAGGAGCGAACAUCUACAAUGCCGCCACAUAUAACCGCAAUCUGAUCAAGAAAAUGACGGCGGAGCCGCCAGUUGGGACUCCCGCUCGGCCUGGGGUCCUCAUACCGACCUUCAUCUUUUCGUUAUACGAUGAGAACCGUAAGGGAGGCCCCGGGACGGAGCGGCAUUGGGGACUGUUACAUGCCAAUGGCGGCGCUGUUUACGAGAUCGAUCUAACCGGGAAGAGGCCUGCUUCGACCUACGGGGCUCUGCCACUGCCCACCAAUAACAGGCCCUACAAGGGAAAAGCGUGGUGCGUGGCGAGGACAGAUGCGAAUUUGACCGAUCUUGGCUCGGCAUUGAGCUCCGCCUGUGGGAGCGGAAACGGCAUGUGCGAUGCGCUCGCGCCCGGGAGAGAGUGCCACGAGCCAGCAUCGACCUUUCGGCACGCGAGCUACGCCUUCAGCGCCUAUUGGGCGCGGUUCAGGAGCCGAGGUGCGACUUGCUACUUUGAUGGACUGGCGGAGCAGACGGCCAGAGACCCAAGUGGUGGAUCUUGCAAAUUCCCUAGCGUAACUCUUUGAAAGACUCGGCAUAUUUUCGAGAGGACAAUCUAAACAGGACAUCAUAAAGAAGUUAUUUGCGGGGUAGUUCAACUAUAUAUUCUAUUUCCAAGUUCCAGAUGCUGAUGUUCAACUAUAUGUUCCUCCCAAAUCCCCAACGGGACAUACAUGUAUCUAGUUAUAACAGCUAAUUGUGACAUUACAAGCAGUUCUUUGUCUAAUGUGGAAUUGAAACGUACGAUGAGAAUAAUGGAAAAUCCCAUCAAUCAAGUUUAUCGGAUGUGAAAUUUCUCGUCAUAAUAGAAAAAUGAGAGAAAACUCAAUCACAAUUUCU